CUAGUACUUCGUAUAUUAUUCGAUUCGAACUUCCAAAGCGGAACGCUUCCGCCCAGUGCCCCAGUAGCAACACAGGCUGCUUCGAAUCUUCCCCAUCUACACUGGUAGACUCACAGACUCACAAAGACGAGGGCGAGCGAAGGAGCGGGACGGCUGCACCGUUGCGACCCACCCAAUUGCAACCGUUGUACGCUGCUACAGCCGGCGGUGCCCUGCCUUGCUGACCCUGCUUCCUUCCGCCGCACUGCUCAGCCAGAUUAGAUAGAGAGUAUGGAGGCAACAGAUUGGAACAUCACAGUAAAAGACUUUUUGAUUGGUUCAAAUCGACAGAAGUUAGCUUUACCCAGGCAUUCCAUUAGGCGAACACACAACUUGCUUUGGGGUGUAAUUCCAAGGCAUUACCCUAUCAAGCUCUGCAAGGUUAAGGCACAGGCAAGAAGACAUCUUUCAGCUGUAGUUUCUGGGAAUGUAGACUCAUUACUAGGCAAGGAGGUUGUGCAGUCUGCAGGAAAUGUUGUACAUUUUUAUCGGGUGCCGUUGCUACAAGACAGUACAACUUCAGAGCUUCUCAAGUCGGUCCAAACAAAAAUCUCACACCAAAUCAUUGGCUUAAAAACAGAGCAAUGUUUCAAUAUAGGUUUGAAUUCUGAUCUUUCAAAUGAGAAACAGUCCGUUCUGAAGUGGGUUUUAGGAGAAACAUAUGAGCCUGAGCAUUUAGGGACUGAUAGUUUUCUACAUAGUGAUACGACAGAGAGUGCAGUUGUAGUGGAAGUUGGCCCGAGGUUGUCUUUCACUACAGCUUGGUCUGCAAAUGCGGUUUCCAUCUGCCAAGCUUGUGGCUUGACGGAGAUAAGUAGAAUGGAACGUUCUAGAAGAUACAUGUUAUGUCUUGAGCCAGGAAGCGGUCCCUUACUUGAUAGUCAAAUAAAUGAGUUUGCAGCCAUGGUAUUUGAUAGAAUGACUGAGUGUGUUUACCCUAAGAAGCUAACUUCGUUCGAGACAAAUGCAGUUCCAGAGGAGGUCCGUUUCGUACCUGUCAUGGAGAGGGGCAGGGCAGCAUUGGAAGAAAUAAAUGAAAAAAUGGGUUUGGCUUUUGACGAACAAGAUUUGCAGUACUACACUAAGCUCUUUAGAGAUGAUAUAAAGCGGGACCCAACCAAUGUCGAGUUGUUUGAUAUCGCCCAGUCAAACAGUGAACACAGCAGGCAUUGGUUCUUCACUGGGAAACUUGUGAUAGACGGUCAGCCCAUAAACAGAACCCUUAUGCAGAUUGUGAAAAGCACUCUAGUGGCGAAUCCUAACAAUUCAGUUAUUGGAUUCAAAGACAAUUCCAGUGCUAUCAAGGGCUUUUUGGUCAAUCAUUUGAGACCUACCCAACCUGGGUUUUCAAGCCCACUGCAAUCUAGUGAUCAUGAUCUUGAUAUCUUAUUCACUGCGGAAACCCACAAUUUCCCAUGUGCCGUGGCUCCAUAUCCAGGAGCUGAGACAGGUGCCGGGGGCCGUAUAAGGGACACACAUGCCACUGGAAGGGGUUCUUUUGUCAUCGCGUCCACAGCCGGAUAUUGUGUUGGGAACCUGAAUAUUGAAGGAUCAUAUGCUUCGUGGGAAGAUCCUUCCUUCCAAUACCCUUCAAACUUGGCUUCCCCUUUGCAAAUCCUCAUUGAUUCAAGCAAUGGGGCAUCUGAUUACGGAAACAAAUUUGGUGAACCGUUGAUUCAGGGGUACACGAGGACAUUUGGAAUGAGACUCCCUAGUGGAGAAAGGAGGGAAUGGUUGAAACCUAUCAUGUUCAGUGGAGGUAUAGGUCAAAUCGAGCACAUCCAUAUAACCAAAGGAGAGCCCGAGAUCGGAAUGCUAGUUGUUAAGAUAGGGGGGCCUGCGUAUCGGAUAGGAAUGGGAGGUGGGGCCGCUUCGAGCAUGGUAAGUGGCCAAAACAGUGCUGAGCUGGACUUCAACGCUGUACAGCGUGGCGAUGCUGAGAUGGCGCAGAAACUAUACCGUGUUGUUCGUGCCUGUAUAGAGAUGGGACCAGAUAACCCGAUAAUCAGCAUUCAUGAUCAGGGUGCCGGCGGGAACUGUAAUGUUGUUAAAGAAAUCAUACACCCUCAGGGUGCCCAAAUUGAUAUAAGAGCGGUCGUGGUUGGGGACCACACCAUGUCUGUCCUUGAGAUUUGGGGGGCAGAGUAUCAAGAGCAAGAUGCAAUUUUGGUUAAACCCGAAAGUGGCGGAUUUCUGAAAGAAAUCUGUAAGAGGGAAAGGGUACCCAUGGCAGUUAUUGGGACAAUAAAUGGAAAAGGGCGCAUCACUUUAGUGGACGGUUUGGCUGCUGAUGAAAAAACACCGCCUGUAGUGGAUCUUGAGCUUGAGAAGGUUCUCGGGGACAUGCCACAGAAAACUUUCAAACUUCACCGUGUGGACAAUGUUCUAGAACCUCUUGAUAUAGCUCCUGGGACUACAGUUAUGGAAGCCUUGAAGAGAAUAUUGAGACUACCUUCCAUCGGUUCAAAAAGGUUUUUGACCACUAAAGUUGACCGCUGCGUUACGGGCCUAGUGGCACAACAGCAAACUGUGGGUCCCCUGCAAAUAACACUUUCCGAUGUUGCCGUCAUUGCCCAAACAUAUACUGAUUUUACCGGAGGCGCUUGUGCCAUUGGGGAACAACCAAUUAAGGGUCUUUUGAAUCCCAGAGCAAUGGCGCGGCUAGCUGUAGGGGAAGCACUAACAAACCUCGUGUGGGCAAAGAUUACUUCUCUUUCAGAUGUGAAAGCAAGCGGAAAUUGGAUGUAUGCUGCCAAGAUGGACGGGGAAGGUGCCGCCAUGUAUGAUGCUGCCAAUGCUCUUUCAGAAGCCAUGAUUGAACUUGGUAUAGCCAUUGAUGGUGGGAAGGACAGUCUUUCAAUGGCUGCCCAUUCGUCCGGGGAAGUAGUCAAGGCUCCAGGAAACUUGGUGAUCAGUGCCUAUGUGACAUGUCCAGACAUAACAAAAACAGUCACCCCGGACUUGAAGCUCGGGGAUGACGGUGUAAUUCUCCACAUUGACCUGUCAAAGGAGGGAAAUAGGCGUCUUGGUGGUUCUGCCCUUGCACAGGUGUUCGGUCAGGUCGGGGACGAGUGUCCCGAUCUGGAAGACGUCUCUUACUUCAAAACGGUCUUCAACGAGGUUCAGAAUCUCAUUUCUCAUGAUCUCAUCUCUGCUGGCCAUGACAUCAGCGACGGAGGACUUCUGGUCAGCAUGCUUGAAAUGGCUUUUGCCGGGAACUGUGGUGUUUCUUUGAAUUUGACUACACCUGGAGGGGAUAGUAACAACAGCAAUGUGUUCCAAAUGCUGUUUGCAGAAGAGCUCGGGCUUAUCAUUGAGGUGAGUAAGGAAAAUUUGGAGAUAGUAAUGGGAAAGCUCAGUAGUGCAGGCAUUAGUACUGUCCAAGUCAUUGGACAUGUCACCGUUUCUCCAAUCAUUGACUUGAAAAUUGACGGUUUGACUUAUUUGAAUGACAAAACUUGUGUGCUUCAUGACAUGUGGGAAGAAACCAGCUUUGAACUGGAUAAGAAGUCCCAAAGGUUAGCCUCUUGUGUGGAGCUUGAAAAAGCAGGGUUGAAGGGUAGGCGGGCACCGUCCUGGAAUUUGUCCUUUAAACCGGUUUUCACAAACAGGGAUUAUAUCAAUGCCACAUCAAAACCAAAGGUUGCUGUGGUCCGGGAGGAAGGCAGUAAUGGGGACAGAGAGAUGUCUGCGGCUUUCCAUGCCGCCGGAUUUGAGCCGUGGGAUGUCGCAAUGUCAGACCUUCUGAAUGGUCAGAUGUCACUACGGGAGUUUCGUGGGGUAGUGUUUGUUGGUGGUUUUAGCUAUGCUGACGUUCUAGAUUCUGCAAAAGGUUGGGCAGCUUCGAUACGGUUUAACCAGCCUUUGUUAGACCAGUUCCAGGAAUUCUUUAACCGUCCUGACACGUUUAGUCUCGGGGUUUGCAAUGGUUGUCAACUCAUGGCUUUGUUAGGUUGGGUACCUGGGCCUGAAGUCGGAGGUGUUCUCGGUAAAGGAGGUGACCCGUCACAGCCAAGGUUCAUACACAAUGAAUCAGGGCGGUUUGAGUGCCGAUUCACAAGUGUCACUAUACAAGAAUCACCUGCCAUAAUGUUCAAAGGGAUGGAGGGUAGCACACUGGGUGUGUGGGCCGCACAUGGUGAAGGAAGGGCUUAUUUUCCUGACAAUAGUGUUUUCGAGCAGAUUCUCGGGUCAAACUUGGCCCCGGUGAGGUAUUGUGACGAUGAUGGCGUUCCGACUGAAAUUUAUCCCUUCAAUAUGAAUGGUUCGCCACUUGGUGUGGCUGCUAUUUGUUCGCCAGACGGGAGGCACCUUGCUAUGAUGCCCCACCCAGAACGAUGCUUCUUGAUGUGGCAGUUCCCUUGGUAUCCAAACCAUUGGGACAUGGACAAGAAGGGACCAAGUCCUUGGUUGCGUAUGUUCCAAAAUGCAAGAGAAUGGUGCUCAUGAGUUGAGCCUGACACACCCAGAUCUUUUGUGGACUAAGUAGGGUCGUAGUUUUAUCUAUUUCGAAAAGCUAAUCAAAACCUGAAUAAAAGAGCCGGAGAAAGAACACAGUUCAAAAGGACAAGGUGAUGAAGACGCUGUAGCCUUUAGUUCUCAAUGUGUUUGUCACACAAAUUUUGAAGAUAAUUUUAUUUCAUUUUCUUCACUCUGAUCUGUAAUUUUAAAACUUUGUGCUGUUUUUAAAUGAGGCGGCAUGAAAACCUGACAUUUUUUACGAUUUCUAUUAGGCAUUUUAGUUUGCUUUGUUUUGUUGCAUUAUGUACACUUAUAUGGCUUCAAAGUUACCCUCCCUUUUCUUGUCCAAUAAAUUGAGAAGAGUUUCUUCUUUCUUGGUUAUAUUCUUGAAGUCCUAGUCAAAACAUGUAUUUUAGUCCUUC